CAUUGUUUUUCCUUGCCGUUAGCGUAGCGUCUGCAUACGGGCACCGGAGGAGCUCAUUCAGUACUUGUUCAGUCAGUUUCACCGGUAGUUUAAGAGACAUUUACCUUUUUAAAAUGUUCCUUCGAGUUCUAGAGAUUAUAUUCUUCCUAUACUUUGCGUCGCACAUUCCCAUCACCCUCUUCAUUGAUCUGCAGGCGCUGCUGCCCGAACAUGUUUAUCCUCAAGCACUGAAAGACGUCCUGCACUGGUAUGCUGCGGAGUUCAAAGAUCCAAUGGUGGUGGAUCCACCCUUCUGGUUUAAAUCCUUCAUAUUCUGCGAGGCACUUGUUCAGUUACCCUUCUUCCCCAUCGCAACAUAUGCAUUCCUAAAAGGUAAAUGCAGAUGGAUCAGGACUCCAACGAUAAUCUACGCUACACAUGUGGCCACCACUUUGAUCCCUAUUCUUGCACACAUCCUUUACCAUAACUUUCCAACGGCUCCUUACCCGGGUCCUCAAACCAUGAAGGAACGCUUGACCCUUGUGUCUGUUUAUGCUCCAUAUCUCCUCAUUCCCCUCAUGCUGCUAUUUACUAUGCUCUUUAGCUCAGCAUAUAACAGCUCCCAACCUCAGAGUGGGAGAGCUUUACAGAAAACCAAGAAAAUGAAGUAAUUUAGAUCUGGCAUAAGCCAGUUUGUCGAGUGUUUGGAGACCUGUUUGUGACUAUUAUCGAGGAUAAAACUGUGCCAAUUAUGGGCAACCCUCUUUUAAAACUCAACAGCCCUUUUUAAAUGGGAUCAAAUAGUAUUUGAUAGGGAUGGAAUAAAUAUUUGGCAGCUAAAAUUAUUUGGCUAAAUAAUUUUAAUAAUUUGUUAUUUAGCCAAAAAUUAUUUGGCUAAAUAACAAAUAUACAAUUUUGUAUUUCUGCUGACAUGGUAAAAAUGUUAAUUGUUUAAUAAAUCUUUGUAAAUGUUA